AUGGCGGAUACUAAAGAAACGGUCGUGGAAGGCGUAGAGGCACUAACGCUAAACGGAAAACCGGACGCGGAACACGUGGAAACGGGUACAGAUGCCCAGGCUCAGGAGGGAGCAACUCCACCCGCCGAAGAUGUCGUGGAUCCGUGGAAUGUGGCCAGCAGUAAUGACGCGGGCGUCGAUUACGACAAGCUGAUAAAACGUUUUGGCUCCAGCAAAAUCGAUGAGGAACUCAUCGCACGCUUUGAGAAAAUCACGGGAAAGCCCGCACAUCACUUCAUCAAACGAGGCAUGUUCUUUUCUCAUCGGGAUCUCCAUACAAUUCUCACUUUGCGAGAACAGGGUAAACCCUUCUAUUUGUACACGGGUCGAGGACCUAGCUCUGGAUCCCUCCAUGUUGGCCAUUUGGUGCCCUUCAUUAUGACUAAGUGGCUGCAGGAGACCUUUGAUGUUCCACUGGUCAUCCAACUGACUGAUGACGAGAAGACUUUGUGGAAGGACCUGAAAGUGGAAGAUGCCAUUAAGCUGGCGCGUGAGAAUGCAAAGGAUAUUGUGGCCAUGGGAUUCGAUGUCAAUAAGACAUUCAUUUUCAACAACCUGGAGUUUGUAGGAAAAUGUCCUGCCAUGUACCAGAACAUCAUUCGCAUCCAAAAAUGUGUCACCUUCAAUCAGGUAAAGGGCAUCUUUGGAUUUGGUGACUCAGACAUCAUUGGCAAAAUAGGCUUCCCGGCCGCCCAAGCAGCUCCAGCCAUCUCCAGCACCUUUCCCUUCCUCUUCGGCAACAAGAAGGUGCACUGCCUUAUCCCAUGCGCCAUCGAUCAGGAUCCAUACUUCCGCAUGACCCGCGAUGUGGCCCCACGUUUGGGAUUCCCGAAGUGUGCGCUUAUCCAUUCGACUUUCUUCCCGGCGCUGCAGGGUGCCAAAACCAAGAUGUCUGCUAGUGAUCAAAACUCGGCUGUUUAUCUCACCGAUACGCCCAAGCAGAUUAAGAACAAGAUCAACAAAUACGCCUUCUCCGGUGGACGUGUAACUGUAGAGGAGCAUCGUAAGCUGGGUGGAGUACCAGAGGUGGAUGUUUCCUAUCAGCUUCUUAAAUUCUUCUUGGAGGAUGAUGCCAAGUUGGAGGAGGUGCGAGUGGCUUAUAGCAAGGGUGAGAUGCUUACGGGCGAGAUCAAGAAACUUGCUGUUGAGACCCUCACACCUAUUGUGGAACAGCAUCAGGCAGCCCGAAAACUUAUCACGGACGAAGUGCUAGACAAGUAUUUUGAACUGCGACCCCUGAAAUUCGGCAGUUAGAAGUCCAAUAGAGCAUAAGUACCUGCAUUUGCUUGACAUCGAUUCAUACUAUUAGAUGUUUAUACGAAAUUAGCUUAAAUCGAACUAAGCGAGAUUAGUUUAGCACCGAACCGACUAUGGCACUCCUAUGUAAAUAGCUAUAAUGGAAUGAUCUUUGCCUGGGCUCUGAGUCCAAGUGGCGCCCACUUAAUGCAUCGUUGUACUCGCUAUUUAUUUUAUUUUUUACACACCGUGUUUAUUUUUAUAAAGCAGAAAACAAUAAACGGCUUCGAUUUGCAAUUGCCACCAGA